AUGGAUUCCCUCACUUCGCAUCCGUCGACUGCCGCGCAGGCCAAGACGUUCAUUGCGCCCGGCUCUCUCUCGUAUCCCAACGCCGCUGAGCUCACUCCGCCGUCCUCCGAGAAGAACGCUCAGCCCGAUGCCAGCAAGACCAACGGCGUUGCGACUCCUGCGGCGACUCCGGACGCUCAGAAUGCUUCAGGCAUUAUUCCGACGCUUCAGAACAUAGUUGCUACAGUGAACUUAUCUGCCCGUCUCGACCUCAAGACCAUCGCACUCCAUGCGCGUAACGCCGAGUACAACCCUAAGCGUUUCGCCGCUGUCAUCAUGCGCAUCCGAGAACCCAAGACCACUGCAUUGGUCUUUGCGUCAGGUAAGAUGGUCGUUACCGGCGCUAAGAGUGAAGACGAUUCGAAAUUAGCUAGUCGCAAGUACGCCCGUAUCAUCCAGAAGCUUGGUUUCAAUGCCAAGUUCUCGGACUUCAAGAUCCAGAACAUCGUCGGAAGCUGCGACAUCAAGUUUCCGAUCCGGUUGGAGGGCCUUGCCUCGAGUCAUCACACCUUCUCGAGCUACGAGCCUGAGCUGUUCCCUGGGCUUAUCUAUCGAAUGAUGAAGCCGAAGAUUGUCUUGCUGAUCUUCGUUUCGGGCAAGAUCGUCUUGACGGGCGCUAAGGUUCGCGAAGAGAUCUACCAGGCCUUCGAGCUCAUCUAUCCCGUUCUGAGCGACUUCCGUAAGUCGUGA